AAAAUAGUGCUCAGUUUAAGCUUACGGCCCAGUCAACGUUGCGUCGCUUGUUCGUUCGGUCGGGUCCGCUCGGCCAGUUCCUAUGUACGCAUGUCCCAGUUUCAGUCGUUUCGCUUGUUUCCACAGUGAAAUCAUCCGCGUUAAAACUUUUGUGCUUUACGUAAUUAUUGAAACUGUGAUUUCUGAAAAUCUCCAACCCCGCCCCCACAUAUACAUUUGCGUAAAACAAUACAAUGUACAUACUUAAUUCAAUACUACUAUACAUUGUAAAUGCCAAAUUUUAUGCACAGCGGAUAUACGGCAAUUCCCACAUCCCAAGAAUAGAUAGAUGAUCACUCAAAAAGUGGAGGACUCUUCAGGAAGAAUCGAACUACCUAAAACAUAGUCGAAAAUAGAUAAAAUGCCGAUUACAAGAUCUAGCUGCACAACACCUAGAGUCACAUUUAGUAUGGAACGACGGUUAAGUUGUUCCCAUGUUGAACCCACGUAUCGGAAGCACCGAGAGCGCACGGAAACGGGAUUACUAGCGCGGAAGAAGAUUUUUGGUCAAGGGAAUACGACUAUACCGACCUCUAAAUCUAGCGAUGAAACUCUCAAUAGAUUCUAUUUAUGUACAUUUGAACGAAUAUCGAAGAGCUGUUUAUAUUUUCUAUUAGUUUUAGUAAUACUAAGCCGAAAUACUAGCAGUGCUUUGCAAAACAGCGAGCAAUACGCCAGAAUACUCAGUAAUGCGAGUGCGGCACACAGCAAAGAAGACCUGCAAGCCAAUAAUCACUUUACCCACAAGGUUGUCUCUAGCUUCGGCUUUGAGAAAAGUCUUGAGGCGAUUGAAGCGAAAGGCCAAGAGGGCCAAGCACAGAUAAUUAGCGGUGGCAAACAUUUGAACAAUAAUAAAAAUACUCAUAAAAACGGAGUGAGUCCGGAGGAUGAUUAUGUUAAGUCGCAUCAACAGAUUGAUGAGCAAUUACAAAGCCUUGACCUCGACGGGGUCGACAUUUUUGGCGCCUAUAGUAUUCCAAAGGAAGCGAUAUACACGAACGAGUUUGCGGUUCGAAUUCCAGCCGGUAAACAACAGGCAGAUGCGAUCGCAGCAAAGUACGGUUUUGAAAACAAGGGACAGAUCGGAGCCCUUGAUAAUUACUAUCUCUUUCAACAUCAUCGGGUAUCGAAGCGAUCACUGCGUUCCAGUCGAGAGCACCAGAAAGCUUUGAGCUCAGAAGAUGCAGUAGAGUGGAUGCAGCAGCAGCACGAAAAAGUGCGCCGAAAGCGUGAUGGUCCCUACCAGGACUUGCCUACUUACAGUCCGUAUAAUGUUUUGCGCCCGCCUGGUAGCUUCGCAGUCGAUCCGAAUCCGCAUCUUUCAUUCUCCCCAGAGUCACUUUCGCUAGCCACGCACUCAAGUCGGAUGGAGUACCGGGAUGUCGGUUCGCACUCCAUCUUUCCGGAUCCGUUGUUCAAGGAGCAGUGGUAUCUGGUGAGUAAAAAUGGAGGUGCUAAGGAUGGGUUGGACAUGAAUGUGGGACCCGCAUGGCAUAAAGGCUACACCGGUAAAGGAGUGGUGGUAUCCAUUUUGGAUGACGGCAUCCAGACAAAUCAUCCGGAUCUGGCCCAGAACUAUGAUCCGGAAGCUUCGUUCGACAUAAACGGAAACGACUCUGAUCCAACACCCCAAGACAAUGGGGACAACAAACACGGGACCAGAUGCGCCGGUGAAGUUGCUGCGGUGGCCUUUAACAAUUAUUGUGGAGUAGGUGUGGCCUAUAAUGCCAGUAUAGGUGGCGUUCGUAUGUUAGAUGGGAAGGUCAACGAUGUAGUAGAGGCACAAGCACUAAGUCUCAAUCCAUCGCAUAUUGACAUUUACAGUGCGUCAUGGGGACCAGAGGAUGAUGGCUCAACGGUCGACGGCCCUGGACCACUGGCGCGCCGGGCCUUCAUUUACGGUGUAACAAGCGGGCGGCAAGGAAAAGGCUCGAUCUUCGUGUGGGCCUCAGGAAAUGGUGGCCGCUACACGGACUCAUGCAAUUGCGACGGAUACACCAACUCAAUCUUCACACUUUCAAUUUCGAGUGCAACUCAAGCUGGCUUCAAACCCUGGUACUUAGAGGAAUGUUCCUCUACCCUAGCCACUACUUAUAGUUCGGGAACCCCGGGUCACGAUAAAAGCGUUGCUACUGUGGACAUGGACGGCCGCCUGCGGCCUGAUCACAUUUGCACAGUAGAGCACACAGGGACUUCAGCUUCAGCGCCUCUCGCGGCAGGCAUAUGUGCACUGGCACUCGAGGCAAAUCCUGCAUUGACAUGGCGAGACAUGCAGUAUUUGGUGGUGUACACCUCUCGGCCAGCGCCCUUGGAAAAAGAAGCCGGUUGGAUGCUUAACGGUGUGAAGCGCAAGUACAGCCAUAAGUUCGGAUACGGGUUGAUGGACGCGGGGGCAAUGGUUUCAUUGGCGGAGCAAUGGACUUCUGUUCCGCCACAGCAUAUUUGUAAGUCGCGGGAGAACAACGAAGACCGCAGAAUUGACGGUACUUAUGGUUUUACAUUGGACACACAUAUGGAUGUGAAUGGUUGCGCUGGUACCAUUAACGAAGUCCGCUAUUUAGAGCACGUACAGUGCCGCAUAACACUGCGCUUCUUUCCUCGCGGCAACUUGCGCAUCCUACUCACGUCCCCGAUGGGCACCACCAGCACGUUGUUGUUCGAAAGGCCACGCGAUAUCGUCAAGUCAAACUUCGACGAUUGGCCUUUCCUCAGCGUCCAUUUCUGGGGAGAAAAAGCUGAGGGCAGAUGGACCUUGCAAGUACUCAACGGCGGUCGGAGACGCGUCAACCAGCCGGGAAUUCUUUCUAAGUGGCAGCUCAUAUUUUACGGCACCUCUGUUCAACCAAUGCGGCUCAAAGCAGAGCUUCUCAGUAGGAACUCGCAGCUACGCAGUCCUCUAGUAUCAAAUCCCUUUCUAUUUCCCUCGGCUCCACCCUCGGGGUCGAAUAUCGGCCAGCCCGCCAAUGAAGGUGGCAACUUCAACACGGACAGCUUUUCGAGCUACCUCAACUACCAAAACAUUUUCAGCAGCGCUGGUUCGAAUCCAGAGCCAGCUACUGCUACAUUGGAUGGCCGCAAUAUAAGUGCGUCCUUUACGACUUCUGGUGACUCAUUUACUUCCACCUCUGCAGCUGCCGUUCAAGUUUUGGGAGCAACUGACCAAAGAAGUAAUGACAUGUCGAUAUUGCAUUCCUGUGAUGCUGAGUGUGACUCAUUAGGUUGCUACGGGAGAGGACCCACCCAGUGUGUGGCCUGCAGUCAUUACCGGCUUGAUAACACUUGUGUCAGCCGUUGUCCACCGCGCUCCUUUCCCAAUCAGGUCGGUAUAUGCUGGCCUUGUCACGAUACUUGCGAGACAUGUGCUGGUGCGGGACCCGACAGCUGUCUUACCUGUGCUCCAGCUUAUCUGCAUGUCAUCGAUCUUGCCGUCUGCCUGCAAAUUUGUCCUGAUGGAUAUUUUGAGAACUCCAGAAACAGAACGUGCAUCCCUUGUGAGCCAAAUUGCGCUUCGUGUCAAGAUCAUCCAGAAUUUUGCACAAGUUGCGACCAUCAUCUUGUUAUGCAUGAAAACAAAUGCUAUUCUGCUUGUCCGUUAAAUGCGUUUGAAACUGAGGAUAAUAAAUGUGCCUUGUGUCACUCGUCGUGCGCCACUUGCAAUGGCCCGACGGAGCUAGACUGCAUUACCUGUCGCCCGAGUCGAUAUGUCUGGAAAAACAAAUGCCUUAACAGCUGCCCCAGUGGAUUUUUUGCGGACAAGAAACGCCUCGAGUGCAUGCCUUGCCAGGAGGGCUGCAGAAGCUGCACCAGCAACGGAAUUUGUUCAGAGUGCCUUGAAAACUGGACGUUGGCGAAAGAUAAAUGUAUUGUUCCUGGAAGUGAGGCUUGUAGUGAAUCAGAGUUUUUGAGCCAGUCGAAAGAUCACUGUCUGGCGUGUGACGCUUCCUGUGAAAGCUGCAGCGGACCUUCGGAAACGAAUUGCACGUCCUGUGCUCCAAACCGGCUCCUGGAGCAGAAACGAUGCGUGAGCGGUUGUCAGGACGGGUUUUUCAUGGAGACAGGUGUUUGCUUGCCGUGUCUUCACACUUGCAGCCAAUGCGUCUCGCGUACCAACUGCAGUAAUUGUUUGAAGGGUCUACAGCUUCAAAACGGAGAAUGCCGUACAACCUGUGCCGAUGGCUACUACAGUGACCGGGGAAUUUGCGCCAAAUGUCAUCUCAGUUGCCACACUUGCAGCGGACCUCGUCGCAACCAGUGCGUGAAGUGUCCGGCCAGUUGGCAACUGGCAGCCGGCGAAUGUCAUCCAGAGUGUCCCGAGGGUUUCUACAAAUCUGACUUUGGUUGUCAAAAGUGCCACCACUACUGCAAAACGUGCAAUGACGCUGGACCUCUCGCCUGCACCUCAUGUCCCCCACACUCUAUGCUAGAUGGCGGCUUGUGCAUGGACUGCCUUAGCUCACAGUACUACGAUUCGACAUCAUCAAAAUGCAUAACGUGUCACGACUCGUGUCAUUCCUGCUUCGGGCCUGGACCAUACUCCUGUAAAGCUUGCUUAGCGCCACUUUUUCUGGACCAGCUCAAUAGCCAAUGUGUUCCCUGUUGUCAGAACCAGACAACUCUUUCGAACUGCUGUCAUUGCAAUGAGGAAACAGGCGGUUGUAAGGUCACCUCAACAGGUGGAAAACGCCGCACUGUUAUUGGAAACGGCAAUUCGUUUGGAGGCGAUUCUGAAUCCAGAACACUUGGUAAUGAAGGAAAUAGCAACGAGUUUGUUCUUAGAUUGAGCUCACCACUGACGGCCAUCACAGCCAUUGCCGUAGCAGUUUGUUUGCUGAUCAUAACGAUUUUCUCCGUCAUAUUUGCUGUUUUACAGCGGAAUAGUAAUCACGUCUUCAGGAACUCAGUGCGCUAUAAAAAAAUUAUAAGCAAAUCGUCCAGCAGGCGAAACAACUCGUCAGCAACACCUAAAAGCGAGGCAAGAUUCAUAUUUAACAUUGGCGAGGACGACAAUAGCCAAGACGAAAACUCAGAAGACGAGGAAGUCGGAAAUGCGGGCACGGAAGUGAAAAGGAUUGUCUUCGAACCCAAAGCUAAACGCAUACUUCACGGAAAAGAAUUUUACAUUGAGAGUACAAAAGAUAUUGAUACGAUCAAGUUUCAAUGCAAAGCCGACCAGAAAUUGGAACGCCAACCCAUAAGUUUCGAGGAAACGGAUGGAGAUAUUAAUCCUAAAGACACGAACAGGAAUUCGCUAACAAGUCGUACAUACGUCUGUAGCUGAUUGCCCAAUCAGUGAUAAACUCAAAUGCGAAAGUAAUUUUACUAUCAAGAAUUUGAUCUUGGAUUUCUUGCUCUGGACAAGUAAAUUUUUACAUUACUUUGAGGAACAUAGCGAAUCGAAAUAUUUAACAUCCGAAAAUGAUAAAAAUUUAUAUGUGAUUGUGAAUUGUUUUUAUAUAUAUAUUUGUAAAUUUAAUGUUUGUAUUAAAUUUUUAUGAAAAAUGUUA